CGAACGUAUACAUACGAGGAGAUUGGGAAGCAUGGGUCAUGUGACGAUCUGUGGAUGAUUCUACAUGGGAAGGUGUACGAUAUAACGUCUGUUGUUGAUUCCCAUCCAGGAGGCGCAGAGGUGCUAUUCGAUGCUGUUGGCACAGAUGCCUCCGUUGCUUUUGACGAGGUUGGGCAUAGCCAGGACUCGCUGGACAUGCUGAGGCCUCUUCUGGUUGGU